UCCUGUACUUCCUGCUGGUGGGCAGGUCUGUGUUGUGUUAGAGGAGAUACUGAGGAGAGACAGACUGACUGACUGACUGAGGAGCUACAGGUGCCUGUCUGGGGUUUACAGUGUCGGACUCAGGGGACAGCAGGGUCAGCUGAUGAAGAGGAAGACUGAUGUUUGGUGUCAAAACAGCCCCACAGCUGGUGAUGCGCUCCAUGUAGACACCUCCUUAACUCGGCCAGUGGAUGCGUCCCAUCUGGGGCUGAGACAACAUGUGGGGGGACACCACACAAGCCCUGGCUAUGAUGUUUCUGUUCUCCUGGAUCCCUCAUUAUCAGUCUGCACCUGGGCAGCCCAGGAUCACCAGCUGUCGCUCUCCUGAGAAGGAAACCUUCACUUGCUGGUGGGAGCCGGGGUCCAGCGAAGGCUUGCCCACUACCCACCGCCUGUUUUAUAAUAAAGAGAGAUCAGACAAGGUGUUGGAAUGUCCAGACUAUCACAGCGCAGGCAACAACUCAUGUUUCUUCAACAAAGCCCACACAUCUAUCUGGAUCAUUUAUAAUAUUACAAUUGUAGCCUCUAACGCUAAUGGGAGCACCUUUUCAGAACCUUUGGAGGUGGACGUUAUGGAUAUUGUCCAGCCUCACCCUCCAGAGAACCUGACGGUAACUGUGGUGGGAGUGGAAGACAACCCGUAUUUUCUGGUGCAGUGGGAGGCCCCGCAUGACACGGACACUCGUUCAGGCUGGGUAACUCUCAAAUACGAAGUUCGAGUGAAACUGGAGAACAGCAGACAGGACCAGGCUGGCGAGUGGGAGGUGUAUGGUGCUGGUAAACAGAGGGAGCUGAGUAUCUACAGCCCCCAGCCUGGAGGAAAGUACAGUGUCCAGGUGCGCUGUAGACUAGACCAAGGCCUCUGGAGUGAAUGGAGUCCUGCAGCUUUUAUCAGUGUCCCAAACAUUUAUCUAAAGGAGAAGUCAGUUGUGAUCUUCACAGCCGCUACCAGUGCCUUCAUUUUCCUGCUCACUGUUGGAAUACUAGUAAUCAAAAGAAAACAUGUUAAGCAUUGCUUACUGCCCCCAGUUCCAGGGCCAAAGAUCAAAGGCUUUGAUGCUCAGCUCCUGAAGGCAGAGAAGUCAGAAGAUCUCUUUAAUGCUCUGACCUCCAAAGGUUUCCCUCCAGCCCCAGAGGUCCCUGAUCACGUAGAUUAUCUAGUGGUGGUCGACAACGAGGAGGACCCUGAGGGUACUGGAACUAAAGCACCUCAGGAACAUCCGGAACAUCAAAAGACACACCAGCAUUCUUCUUCAGAUCCUGCAGAUGAAUUCCACUACAGCUACCUAUCCACAGAGGAGCAGCUGAACCUCAUUCACACUGAUAGAUGGAAAAGAUCAGCGUUUGUAAGUGACUGUCAGUAUUGUGAUCCUGAAACUACAUGUGGAACAAGACAAACGUUCACAGGGGGCGCACAGACGACCCUGCAGAGACCGGAGCGUGACGAGGGUGGUUCUCACAGCACAUCUGGUAAAACCAAGCUCAAGAACUUUGACAAGGACACAGUCAGCACUGGUCCGAAUGGACUUGAGGAGUACGUUGACGUCACAGACAGACAAGACUGUAAACUAAAGCCCACCACAGAAGAAGAAGAAGAAGAAGAAGAAGAAGGAGGAGAAGAAAACUACAGUAAAGUGAGCGGGGUUUACUGUGACAGUGUGCUCGUGCUUCAAAAAGGCAGCAGCACCCCCAUUCAAACGCUCACAAAGAAAAACUGUGAUGAUCCACAGAAAAAGAUCAAGGGUGAGAAACCUUCUACAGUUAAAGACUUGUCAAACACACAGGACUAUGUGGGCUAUGUGUAGCGACCUGUACAAAUAUGCAACGGUUUGGGAGGCAAACCUAGACAAAUUGUGUUUUGGUGAUUUUUAUUUAAGUGAAUUUACACUGAGAUGACACAUGGAUAAGAGAUACUACUAAACUGUAAUUAGUAGUGUGUCCCAUAAUUUUUUUGCAUGGCCCAUGUAACAUGCUAAAAAAACACUGCUCCGACCUGUGGGAUGUGUGUGUUGGCUCUUCUGCAUUGAAUGUGGAUGUUACUUAUACCAGAGUUGCUUGUCUAUGGCAUGGACAGUUCUAGCCAGAUACUGCCGGCCACAAUCAUUACCACCCACUACUGCGCUGUCCACUGGGGAUGGUAAUGUCUUCUGUAACCUAUAUUCAGUACACGUGUGACACUGUGACUCAAGGAAUGUUAAAUGCUUCAGAAAUAGAAUGUACCAUCUAUUUGGCACCCACUAUCAAACCUCGCUCAAACUCUCAAGAGCCAUACUCACAAGAGAACACCUCACUACUUAUAGAAGUCUGGGUAUUCCUGAGUAGUCCUCUGGGGUAAUGCUUUAUGAACAAUGUACAUACUGCAGUCCUACAACAGUGUACAUACAUAUAGCAGCACAUUAUUCAGCUAUCGUAUUUAAUCCACAUUUCUGUUGUAAUAUUGUCUAUUAUGCUUGUGCUGCCAAAGCAUUCUGAAGGUAUCUGGCACAUAAGCAGCUGAUACUUUAUCUCCUAUAUAUUUUCCAAGUCAUUACGUGGCGGGCCACAAAAAAAAAAAAUGUUUUGAAAAAUGAAGUAUGAUAGGAUGGGGUGCUACAGACUUGUAGCUCUCCAGACCAGAGGGUUGUUGAACCCAAUUGCAGACCAGUUGAUCUCGAAGUAGGUAAACUCAAAAAAAAAAAAAAGGGAAAAAAUUAAUUAAAAAAACACACCACUCUCACGCGGGAUGUUGGGGUCGUGGUCCAAUACACUACUGCUGCCCCAGCUAGUGAAUUGGGACACUGCCGGGCAAAAAACAUCCUUAUAAGGAGAUAGGGAGCCCAAGAACAGGUGGAAAAAUGAGAACAGGCAGAAACUAAAGUCAAAAUCAAAACAAAAUCUCACCAGAGAAGCAUUUUAUUUAUUUAUUUAUUUAUUUAUAUAUCGUUCCUUGUAGUUCAAACAACCUCAGAUGUUCUAUGCUUCUGGCCCACAGGCCGCCUAUUGCUGAAGUAAGAGUCCCAGAGAUUCUCAUCGUCGAUAAGGAUUUUGGAGGUCAGGGUCAUCUUGAAUUGUCAUGUUCCUUGUACUACUAUUCCUGAGCAAAUUUUGCAAAGUAACAGGAACACUGUCCUGCUGAAAGAAGCCACUGCCAUUUACAUCACUGCUUCUAUAAAGGUUUGUAAAUACAGUCAACAACAAUGUUGGAAAGAGGUUCGCAAGUGACAUCAACAUUUUCCAUUGUAGGAGCAUUUGUGGGAGGAACCGACCACUGCAAACUGGGAAUACUGUGGUCUUGAAGAAGCUCUCACCCAGUCAUAUAGUAAUCAGUUUGGCUCGUUACAGUAGCACAGAUUCACACACUUGUUUGUCCUACUUCAAGAACUAACGGUUCAUCUGCUGCCUAAUAUAUAUAUAUACUGUAUAUUCCACCCUGUGAUGGGUGCUACUGUAACAAGACAAUAUUUACCUUUUCUGUCUGUGGUUUUAUCAUUAUGGCUUCACCAUGUAUUUUGUAAAAUAAGUUAUUGCCACAUUUUAUCUUAUAAACGAGUGCAUCUCAAAAAAAUAUAACAUCAUUAAAAAGUUACUUUAUUUCAGUAAUUCAGUUAAAAUAGUGAGACUCAUAUAUUAUACAGAUGUAUUACACACAGAGUGAUCUAUUUUAAGCGUUUAUUUAUUUUAUUGAUGAUGAUAAAGUCCUGCUGGAAAAUGAAAUCACUGACCAUCAGUAAAUUUUACAUUUCAUACUUUUUCUAUACUACAUCUAUAUAGUUUAUGAGUUUAACAUUUUGAACUGAAUUACUGAAAGAAACUUUAUAAUAACAUUCAAUUUUUUAAGAUGCACUAGUAUACAUUUUUAAAUGUUAGUGUUUUCUAAAAUGUGCAAAUGACAUUACUGUACAUGUUUUUACUGUAUUUUCACUCACAGAAUCAGCAAAAUGUAGUUUGAACAGCAGCUUCGAAAUCAUUGCAAUUGGUUUUUUUUAUAAAACAAAUCAUGUGUGCACUUA